GAAGGAACAAUUUUGUUAAACUAUACAAUUUGUCAAUUCCAUACGCUCAACUCCAAUAUUUACCAUCAUUUUUGCUCCAUUAUCUCGAUUCGAAUACGUUCUACGGCCUAGAAAUGCCGAGAAAAGGAAAGAGGAAGAGUUUUAGAGGCCGACCAGCGUGGGAAAAGGCAAAAGAUUCGCCUGAAAUGAUCUCAAAUGCUAGCGAAGAUUGUGCUGAAGCCGGACAAGAUGGCGGACUAUCCGAACACGAGGACGCUGUUUUGCCUUCAUCUUCAAAACAAGAUACAGGGUCUUCUUCUUCUAGGCCUGUCGGAAGUUCCGAAGAGGAAACUCCAGAAGAAGAGGAGGUGUUUACUGCUUCCGAAAGGAAGCUUGCGAGUUCGGCAACGACAAGUAACCGUUCGAAGCCGUAUACUGAAGAUCCCGAUCCUGGCUACCGGUUUAUCCUUGGAAUGCUAAGCCAUGCCAUGGAUAUCAACAGAAGGCUUGUGUAUGCUGCUGCUGAGACCGGCAUUGGGAGAGAAGGUAUGGCCACGAUAUGUGAGAUAUUGAACAUGCCCCAGCCUAUGUCCUCACAAGCUUGGAAGGACCACCAGAACACACUCUAUAGCGCUCACAAGAAAGCUGUGAGUGAGCACUUAGAAUCUUCAAGGGCAAGACUUCGCCAGAAAUUAUCAGGGGACUUAUCUGCUACUGAUGAUGAUCAGGUUUUCGAUAUUGUUGUCACUUACGAUGGAACGUGGUCUAAGCGUGGCCAUACAGCAAAUUUUGGAUUUGGAUUUGUGAUGUCUGUAGACACUGGUGAGGUUUUAGACUACGGAUUCAAGUCUAAAAUUUGUUGGGAAUGCAACAACCAGGCAUAUGAUCGAGCAUCGGAGGAGUACCACAACUGGUAUAAGGGGCACAAGGAAACAUGCUCAGAGACAUUUGAAGGCAGCAGUGGGAAUAUGGAAGUAGAGAUUGCCAAGGAUUUGUGGGCAAGAUCAACAGACUUUGGUCUUCGCUAUAAAUAUAUGGUAUGCGACGGUGAUUCAAGGGCAUAUAAUGCCGUGUGGGACACUUACGGGAGCUGUGAUAAGUGCAAGCUCUAUGAGAAUAUUGCAAGGCAGAGCAAACAAUAUAAAAACUGGCUUCUAACUGAGGACCACACAGAAUGAAAGGUAGAGCAUGAGGACGAAACAGCAGAAUGUCGGCGAGUCAUCAAGCUUGAUUGCAUUGGGCACGUGCAAAAGCGAAUGGGCACGGCCUUGAGGGAAUUGAAAAAGAAAACUAAAGGAAAGUUGUCUGAUGGAAAAUCAGUUGGCGGGAAGGGCCAUCGUCUAUCAGAUAAAACAAUAUCGAAGCUACAAGAGUACUAUGGAAAAGCAAUUAGAAGGAACAUAAACAAGAAAGCCAAAUCGCAAAAGAACAUUGACAACAGCAUCGAUCAAAUGAGUCAAGCGAUUCUAGCGGUGCUACAUCACACUGUGUUAUCAGAUGACAGCAAAAAGAGGCACCAGUACUGUUCCAAGGGAAAUAACUCAUGGUGUGGGUUUGUAAGAAAUGGAAAGGAAGUUGAGCCACAGACACAUCACCUGAAUGUUGUCUUUCUUGACUUCCUCAAGCCUAUCUUCACUCGGCUUACUGACCGCUCCCUCCUUCUACGAUGCCUCCCAGGAUUUUCACAAAAUCAAAAUGAGUGUCUGAACAGUGUGGUUUGGACAAAAGCGCCAAAACACAAAUUCAAAGGCCCAAAGGCCAUUGAAAUGGCUGCUAUGUCUGCCAUUAUCCAGUUUGACAGUGGGGCGAAGGGACGAGAGAGGGUAAUGGUGCCAAGAGAGAUGCAGAUGAACUGCAAAAGAGGAAGAAGAUAGCUCAGAGCAAUGCAAAGCUAGUCAGACAGCAGGAAGCUGAAGAAAGGGAGGGAGGGCUUGCAUAUAGUAGCGGGCUUUCAAUGAAGACCCAUUUCAGGCAGUUGUUCUCCCAAGGAAAUAAAGAAAAACUGCAAAUAUAAUAUAAAUGUAUAUCUAUUCAAUUCUUGAGAGUUUGUAAAUCGAAAAUGUUUGGAUGGUAAUUUUCGGAUAACUAUAAUAUUUGGACUGAAAUCUGUUUGCUGUUAUAUCAAGGGUUUGUUAAUUGUUCCAUUUCCAUUUUUGUUACACUUUACUGUAAUUUUGGUCCUGCUAAAGAACGGAAAUAACUUGUUUCUUCGGACUCUUUUUUAUAGAGGUUCAAGGUUCCAACUGAAUCAUCAUUACUAACUUAGCUUAUUUUAUUAAUAAUUGCUUUUGGGCUUAUUUUUUGCCUCUCUAGACUGGCUAUGAUCCUGACAUGGAUUCUACAUCAGAUACGGGCGAAGAGCAUGAGGUUCACUUCAAAAGUGAAUUGUUGCAGACUUUCAUAGGGGGCAAUGACACCAAAAUAGAAAACAACAAGCAACUCAUAAAAAGAAAAGCUAGGUGCAAAGCAAGCAGAAAAGCAAAGAAGUUCAACAAGGGGAAAGCUAUUUAGUAGGUGACACCAAAAUUGGCACACUGUUAAUAUAUGAUUAUGAACAGUAGAUGAGUAAUUAUAAAUGGGUAGUUAGUUAGAUACUCAAGACCUUAUCAUCAAUUUAGUUGCACUUGUACCAAUGCCAUCGGGUUUUCUUCACAAUAGAAAAUAUAGGACAAAAAUGAAAAUACAUGAACUUCAAAUUAUUUUAAAGCUAUUGUUUUCAUCCUUUUAAUGGCCUAAAAAUUUCAUAAAUCAAUAUUUCUAGCUUUUAUAACUAUGGUAUUUGAUUUUUUCAUUGCUGUAAUGUAGAUAUAAAACUUGCCUGUAAAUAUUUGAACCAGGGAUUUUUUAUGGACAUUAACUGGGUACGUUUGUUGAAAUGCUUUCUCUCGAUUGAAAUGUGCAAAACGCUAUCAAAAAUUAUUGUUUAUACCCUGAAAACUAAAGCUGUGAACUAAAGAUAUUAUGUUGUGUGGGAUUCUAUAUGUAUAUACAAGUUACUUUUAAAAAUGAUGAAACGGGGGGUUAUACCCGACAAUAUACCUCACAUACCCAGGCUUCAUUUUCAUAAUGCAAACACAAACCAUCUUUCUCCUGUACCAAAUAAAAAGCAAGUAUUUUCUUCACUGAAUAUGAAGUGAAUGAAUAGAAUAAAUGAAUAUAAAGGAAUGAAAUGGUGAAAAAAGGUAAAGGAUUUUAUUGUAGUGUGAACAAUAUGAUUAAUAGUGUCAACACCGGAGAAAAUUAUGUUUUCAUCUCCAUUAUUCCAGAAAAAGAAAGACAUACAGUAUUAGAGCUGUUAUGAUAUUCAAAAAUCGGAAAAAUACUAAAAUACUGUAUUGUGAACAAUAAGAUUGGACAGUGGAAAAGUAUUGCACAGGAUAGAUAUUUUUUGCCAUAGUCCUGCUGGCUGUCUUAGACGCUUGACUCCUUAUACAGGAUUAGCCUAUAUCUGGACAGGGCUAGGCCACUCUCUACCUGGAUUUUGGGUCAUUUUUUGCAAAUCAGAAAAAACCUUAUCCCAAUCGCAUAAUUUAUUCAUCUUUCUAGAUCUUUUUACAGAUUAAAAAAAUUCCGAGUAUUUCCAGAGAUACAACGCUUUUUUGUGAGGGUGUUAUUAAAAUAUCCCGCCAUGUAAUUAGAAGUUACUAGUUACCAUGGAAACUGGAAGUGUUUUUUUUUUAAACAAUGGUCGAAAACUUGAAGGAAAAAGGCUACAAACUCACUGAAAACGAUGGACAUUAUAAAUUGGGGUCUGGGCUCUAGUUUAGGGGAUGAAUGAAUUGCUCAAUGCAUUGAGUACCCUAGAAGGAACAAUUUUGUCAAACUAUACAAUUUGUCAAUUCCAUACGCUCAACUCCAAUAUUUACCAUCAUUUUUGCUCCAUUAUCUCGAUUCGAAUACGUUCUACGGCCUAGAAAUGCCGAGAAAAGGAAAGAGGAAGAGUUUUAGAGGCCGACCAGCGUGGGAAAAGGCAAAAGAUUCGCCUGAAAUGAUCUCAAAUGCUAGCGAAGAUUGUGCUGAAGCCGGACAAGAUGGCGGACUAUCCGAACACGAGGACGCUGUUUUGCCUUCAUCUUCAAAACAAGAUACAGGGUCUUCUUCUUCUAGGCCUGUCGGAAGUUCCGAAGAGGAAACUCCAGAAGAAGAGGAGGUGUUUACUGCUUCCGAAAGGAAGCUUGCGAGUUCGGCAACGACAAGUAACCGUUCGAAGCCGUAUACUGAAGAUCCCGAUCCUGGCUACCGGUUUAUCCUUGGAAUGCUAAGCCAUGCCAUGGAUAUCAACAGAAGGCUUGUGUAUGCUGCUGCUGAGACCGGCAUUGGGAGAGAAGGUAUGGCCACGAUAUGUGAGAUAUUGAACAUGCCCCAGCCUAUGUCCUCACAAGCUUGGAAGGACCACCAGAACACACUCUAUAGCGCUCACAAGAAAGCUGUGAGUGAGCACUUAGAAUCUUCAAGGGCAAGACUUCGCCAGAAAUUAUCAGGGGACUUAUCUGCUACUGAUGAUGAUCAGGUUUUCGAUAUUGUUGUCACUUACGAUGGAACGUGGUCUAAGCGUGGCCAUACAGCAAAUUUUGGAUUUGGAUUUGUGAUGUCUGUAGACACUGGUGAGGUUUUAGACUACGGAUUCAAGUCUAAAAUUUGUUGGGAAUGCAACAACCAGGCAUAUGAUCGAGCAUCGGAGGAGUACCACAACUGGUAUAAGGGGCACAAGGAAACAUGCUCAGAGACAUUUGAAGGCAGCAGUGGGAAUAUGGAAGUAGAGAUUGCCAAGGAUUUGUGGGCAAGAUCAACAGACUUUGGUCUUCGCUAUAAAUAUAUGGUAUGCGACGGUGAUUCAAGGGCAUAUAAUGCCGUGUGGGACACUUACGGGAGCUGUGAUAAGUGCAAGCUCUAUGAGAAUAUUGCAAGGCAGAGCAAACAAUAUAAAAACUGGCUUCUAACUGAGGACCACACAGAAUGAAAGGUAGAGCAUGAGGACGAAACAGCAGAAUGUCGGCGAGUCAUCAAGCUUGAUUGCAUUGGGCACGUGCAAAAGCGAAUGGGCACGGCCUUGAGGGAAUUGAAAAAGAAAACUAAAGGAAAGUUGUCUGAUGGAAAAUCAGUUGGCGGGAAGGGCCAUCGUCUAUCAGAUAAAACAAUAUCAAAGCUACAAGAGUACUAUGGAAAAGCAAUUAGAAGGAACAUAAACAAGAAAGCCAAAUCGCAAAAGAACAUUGACAACAGCAUCGAUCAAAUGAGUCAAGCGAUUCUAGCGGUGCUACAUCACACUGUGUUAUCAGAUGACAGCAAAAAGAGGCACCAGUACUGUUCCAAGGGAAAUAACUCAUGGUGUGGGUUUGUAAGAAAUGGAAAGGAAGUUGAGCCACAGACACAUCACCUGAAUGUUGUCUUUCUUGACUUCCUCAAGCCUAUCUUCACUCGGCUUACUGACCGCUCCCUCCUUCUACGAUGCCUCCCAGGAUUUUCACAAAAUCAAAAUGAGUGUCUGAACAGUGUGGUUUGGACAAAAGCGCCAAAACACAAAUUCAAAGGCCCAAAGGCCAUUGAAAUGGCUGCUAUGUCUGCCAUUAUCCAGUUUGACAGUGGGGCGAAGGGACGAGAGAGGGUAAUGGUGCCAAGAGAGAUGCAGAUGAACUGCAAAAGAGGAAGAAGAUAGCUCAGAGCAAUGCAAAGCUAGUCAGACAGCAGGAAGCUGAAGAAAGGGAGGGAGGGCUUGCAUAUAGUAGCGGGCUUUCAAUGAAGACCCAUUUCAGCCAGUUGUUCUCCCAAGGAAAUAAAGAAAAACUGCAAAUAUAAUAUAAAUGUAUAUCUAUUCAAUUCUUGAGAGUUUGUAAAUCGAAAAUGUUUGGAUGGUAAUUUUCGGAUAACUAUAACAUUUGGACUGAAAUCUGUUUGCUGUUAUAUCAAGGGUUUGUUAAUUGUUCCAUUUCCAUUUUUGUUACACUUUACUGUAAUUUUGGUCCUGCUAAAGAACGGAAAUAACUUGUUUCUUCGGACUCUUUUUUAUAGAGGUUCAAGGUUCCAACUGAAUCAUCAUUACUAACUUAGCUUAUUUUAUUAAUAAUUGUUUUUGGGCUUAUUUUUGGCCUCUCUAGACUGGCUAUGAUCCUGACAUGGAUUCUACAUCAGAUACGGGCGAAGAGCAUGAGGUUCACUUCAAAAGUGAAUUGUUGCAGACUUUCAACAGGCUUGAAACUAGGGGCUUUCAAAAUGCAUUUCAACUCAAGCAAAUUGUAAAGUUCCCCACGCGUGGUAAUCGUACUCUAGACCCCAUUAUUAUGAACAUAAAGCCAUUCUACCAAGAUCCCAUCAAGCGUCCCGCUUUUGGUUUCUCAGAUCAUUGCACUAUCGAACUUCAGCCCUUGGAUCGCUGUGAACAGCCGAACGCGUCCAAACGGACUGUGCUCUCGAGAGACCUCAAGAAUCAAACAAGAUCGCCAUGAGCUCGUAUUUGAAAGAAGAGAAGACCCAAAUGCUCGAAAAUAUUAUCUCUACGGGUCUUGAACAGAUAAUACCCAUAAAACCUAAGAAAAUCGUUUCCAACGUGGAUUAACGAUUCCUUAAAAUCACUCAUACGGUGCCGUCAGCAGGCUCUGGCCAGCGGUAAUAUGACCGACUUCAAGGUCCUUCGCAACCGUGUCAACCGUGCUAGGAAGAACUGUCGAGCAGUCUUCUACGAAGGAAAGAUAAAACAUCUAAAGUCUUGCAAGCCAGCGUCUGGUGGAGAGAAGUUAAACAUCUAAGUGGCCUCACACCAACUGCGCGUCCCGAUCCCCUGGCUGAUCUCCAGCAUAUCGUCGGUGGUGAGGGUGAUGAGGCCCAAAAGACUCCACUCUCCUGGCAAACAUGAUAAACUCAAGCUUUCUCUCGCCUAUGAAUGGGUUCACACCACUUAGUGGUCGAGGUGAGUGCGACGACACAGCGCCCCUUGAGCCAAGUCCAAGACCUGUUGGUGAAGACUCAACGCUGAAAAAAUUGCUAGCCCUCCACCCAAACAAAGCGUCGGGCCCCGACCAGAUACCAUCUUGGCUCCUUAAGGAUAAUGCAGACUUGCUUGCUGCACCAAUAGCGUAUAUUCUGAAUUCAAGCUUCCGGGAGAGUCGCCUACCCAAGCAGUCACCAGUAAUGGAUGUUAACAAACACUUAAGACCUAUAUCAUUAACGCCAAUCUUGUCUAAAGUGGCUGAAGAUUACGUGGUUGAGAGUUAUAUCAAGCCAACGGUCUUGGCUGAAGACGACCAGAAUCAAUUUGGGACAAGCGUCUAAGUCCAAAAUUUCCAGAUGACGCCAGUUAAUUUUUACCAUAGUCCUGCUGGCUGUCUCAGACGCUGGGUUUCUUAUAUAGGAUUAGCCUAUAUCUGGAAGGGGGUUUGGUUUUAGUUCAAAUUCCCAGUUGACGCUGCAUUGCACUAUUUAGUCAUUCAUUAUUUGCUUACCUAGCAUUCUCACGUGAGACUCAGUUGCCAUUGACACAUGUGGUCCACACUUGUUAAGUUUUCCCACUGACUUUGCUUGCUAUGACUUUGAACAAGAAAUCUUGGGCGCCAUUAUCACAAAGACAAAAAAAGUGAAAACAUGUGUUCAAGAUAUGUAAUAAGCUUAUCUGGGAACUCUACUAAAAGAUUGAGGCAAAGGCUAUCGAGCUCCAGGGAGACUGCUUGAUAGUCCAGCUGCGAAACAACGUUUGUUUGUUUGACUGCAAAGGAAUUGAAUUGUGAUUUCAGUUUGUUUUCCUGGGACGAAAAAUCAUCCGAAUGCACGAAUGAAUGAAACUUGAAUUGCUUACCUAUCAUUUUCACUUUGGACUCAACUGCUUAGUUGCAAUCAGAUGCAAACUCUUGUGAAAAGUUGUAUUAAUUUGAGCCUGCUGACAUGACGGAAAAACCUGGAAAACGCGCAAUUCCAGAUUCCUUAUUCGAUGUGAAAUGGGCUUAUUUGAAGCGUCACGUCAUGUUUUUCCGUCAUGUCGAGCCUGCUGCAUAUACCGCUGUGCAGCCAAUGGCCACGGCCUGUGGUCAGUUUGGGCACGUAACAUAGGGGUGUAGCUGUCCACUAAGCAACUAAGAAGCACCUAUCAUUAAGUGUUGCUUUAAGGACUUAUCAAUUUAGGCGGUGUCAUUCCAGUUGAACAAGUGUGUUUUCUUGACACGUUAGUACAGCCCCCUGUGACUUAGUGUUAUCAGUGUUCAAGGUUAUAGAUGAUAUUUGAGAAAACGUGUUAAUGCUUUAUGGAAAUAUAUUCACUGAAACUCUAAA